GUAGAAGCGGAUAAAAGCCCCAAGGGCUCCUCCACUUUGGUGUGUGUAUGACCAUGAAGGCUGUUCUCCUCUUCCUGCUGGCCGCUGGCUGGGCUCUGCACACAGGCACCGCCUUGGAGUGCUACUUCUGCCGGGGGAACACAAAUGGUGCCAACUGCCGGUCCAUACAGAACUGCACCCGGGAGGAAACACAGUGCCAAACUGAGCGCAUCAAUGCUGUUGGACUCCUGACCAUCUUCAACAAAGGUUGCAGCGUGAAUUGUAAAGAAGAGUUCAAGGAUUACCUUGUGGGCAAGAAGAAUGUCACGUGCUGCUCCACCAACUUGUGCAAUGUCAGUGGGACCCAGGCCCUGUCAUCUGUUAGUGUCAUUCUAGCACUUAUCACCACACUUGGUGGCUUGCUGGUCUGGGGAUCUGGGCAGCUGUAGGCUCCUGCAUGACCAGGGAGGUACACUCAGAUGCACACCGAAGCAGCUGAGGCCUUUCCUGGACCCUAACUCAGACCAAGCUGAACCCCUUGUACUUUCCAGCCUUCCCAGGUUCCCUGUGGGUCUACUGUCUAACUCCUACCCUGGAGCGAUAGUGACGUGCUGAUUUGCUCCUGUUUCCACUGCCCCAUCUCCCCACCUACCCUUAGCCCUUAAUCAGUCACCUCUUCUUCCAGUAAACCUCCAAAACCAAGCCCAGGAUGUCGCCACACUUCACAAGGGGAGGGCCCCACAGGGGCUGAGAUGAAAUGUACCCAGAAUCAAGGCAGGGAGUGUGAGGUCCUUCCUGGGGAGCCCCCAGGAGAUGAGCCUGGGUGGGUGAGAGGGUGGGGACUUUCCAUGUUCACAGGCCCUGGGGCUGCAACCCCAGCACAUAGUAAAUCCUUAAUAAAAACUAGGUGACAUAGCAGCAGAUA